ACGUGGGCCUCACCGUUCAGAAUCGCACGUGUGCCUAUAUAGCUCUCCGCUAGUCUUCCGCUGCUACUUCGACCGAGAGCGAGACAGAGAGAGAGAGAGAGAGAGAGAGAGAGAGAGAGAGAGAGAGAAAGAUAGAGAUAUAGAGAGAGAGCGUACUUAACGUGAGGCUGCAUCGUAGAGCAUCAGAUAGAGAGGAGGAGAGACGCAGCGAGGAGGCGCUAAUAGUUUGCUUACGUUGUCUGUCGGUAACAUAGGAGGAAAGGAAGCAAGGAAGGAAGGCAGGAAGCAAGGAAGGAAGGCAGGAAGCGAGGAAAAGAAUCGUCAGCGAUAUGAGAAGAGCGACGGAAAGAAACGGUGUCGUGGUCGGUUGGCUGCUGGCGUUCGUCGUGCUGCUACACACCGUAUCGGCGCAAUUCUACACAAAGUCCGGCGAGGGUAACCUGCCGCGAAUCGGACGUCGGUCGGACACGUUCUCGCUGACAGACGACGCCGCGCCGACGUUCCAUUCGAGUUACGGCGCCGCGCAACGACAUCGAUUCAACGACAAGCUCGCCGGUGUGAUUGACAGAAGAGGAGACAUUGCCCGCGUGUUGACCUAUCUCAGGCGCUUGGAAAACGGCAACUCCGAUUCUUUUUGAAGGGAUCGUCGCAGUAUGACGUCAUCAUCAUCAUCAGUGGCGACGACGGCGGAGGCGGAGAAACGUGGACCCCCCAUGAUAUCGCUAAACGUGGAAAAAACUAAACCCUCACCGAUAAGCGUGAGUUUCACUUUUGAACUGAUCCAAAAAAAUGACCGGAAGUAAAAACAUGGCGCCAAUAACCGCGGGCGCCCUCUAGCGGUCACCUCACGCACGACAUGGCGCGCAAAUACGUAUAUUAAGUUUCCGCGCGGUGGUGCAAAUGAAGCGCGACUGCGAUGGCGUGCGAAGAUGCUUUGAUUAUUGUUAAAUGUGUAUUUUAAUUGAAAUCUAAAUAGAUCGGUUUUGUUCUCAUUCAGAAGGGACUUUGUCUUUGGUAUGUACGUGCGUUUUAUAAGGGUUAAACAUACAACGCGUAGCAUCGCUCAGUUUCUCUAGCUUGCUCUCUCU